AUGGCAGGCCAACCAGAUUAUUACAAAGUCUUGGGGGUCUCCCCUACUGCGACGCAGCAAGAGAUCCGAACUGCAUACAAGAGGGCUUCUCUGCGAACCCAUCCUGACCGGGUAUCCGUCGACGCUCCCGACAGGGCUUCCCGGACGAAAGAAUUCCAAAGAGUGAAUGACGCCUACUAUACACUAUCCGACCCAGAGCGUAAACGGGACUAUGAUGCAGCCCGAAGAAGCUAUUUCGGCGACGACCGUAGCGAGAGUGCCGACGAAGACAUACCCCGUGGCGGCGCUGGUGGGUUCCCAUGGUCUUCAUUUGAUUUUAGUGGCUCCGAGCGAGAACGAGAGGGACGUGACUCGAAUCAGUUCGGUUCGAUAUUUGAAGAAAUGCUUCGUGAAGAAGGGCUCGCCAGUGAUGAGACCGAUACGAACGGGCAAAGGAGAGCUGUGCCCACGAAGAAGUUCUGGUCGAUUGUUGGCGCAGUCAGUGGUGGUGCUUUGGGCUUUAUAGUUGCAAAUGUCCCUGGCGCGUUAGCUGGUGCUGUGGCUGGUAACAGACUAGGUGCUGUCCGAGAUGCGAAAGGAAAGAGUGUUUAUGAUGUUUUCAUUGAGCUGCCACAAUCAGAUCGUGCCAGACUUUUGAGCGAACUCGCGGCGAAAGUUUUUCAAACAACUUUAGGUCGUUGA